UGCGUGAACUGCAUUGCACUUCACUCGAAGUGUAUCAGUUCAACUGCUGCUCCUGCUCCCUCUCUCUCUGGGCAGCCAUGGCCAUGGGGAAGCACCUCCUGCUCCUCCUAGCCUACUUGGUCGUCGCUGAUACCUUCCUCGCCGCCCUCGCCUGCCCCUACUGCCCCUACCCGGCGCCAAAACCGCCCACCUCUCCGGUGGUGAAGCCGCCCCACCACCCCAAACCGCCCUUCAUCCCCAAACCUCCCUACUUCCCCAAGCCCCCCAUCGUCCACCCUCCCAUACUUCCCAAGCCGCCGCACUUCCCCAAGCCUCCCAUCGUCCACCCUCCCAUACUUCCCAAGCCGCCGCACUUCCCCAAGCCUCCCAUCGUCCACCCUCCCAUAUUUCCCAAGCCGCCCCACUUCCCCAAGCCUCCCAUAUUAUUUCCCAAGCCGCCCCACUUCCCCAAGCCUCCCAUAUUUCCCAAGCCUCCCGUCGUCCACCCUCCCUACGGACCCAAACCUCCGGCCCUUUGCCCUCCUCCCAUGCCUACGCCUAAGCCUCCCCCGAAGCCGAAGCCCCCCGUCGUGUACCCGCCGCCCAUCCCGAAGCCACCCGUCGUGCCACCAUCCCCGCCUUACGUGCCCAAGCCUCCGGUGGUGAUACCGCCCCCGAUUCCGAAACCUCCCAUCGUGUACCCGCCGCCCACCCCGAAGCCACCCGUCGUGCCACCAUCCCCGCCUUACGUGCCCAAGCCUCCGGUGGUGAUACCGCCCCCGAUUCCGAAACCUCCCAUCGUGUACCCGCCACCCACCCCGAAGCCACCCGUCGUGCCACCAUCCCCGCCUUACGUGCCCAAGCCUCCGGUGGUGAUACCGCCCCCGAUUCCUAAACCUCCCAUCGUGUACCCGCCGCCCACCCCGAAGCCACCCGUCGUGCCACCAUCCCCGCCUUACGUGCCCAAACCACCGGUCGUCCUCCCCCCGCCGCCGUCCCCUCCCCCGCCCGUCGAGAAGCCGUGCCCUCCGCCGCCGCCGCCGCCCGUGCCGUGCCCGCCUCCGCCGCCGGCGCCGCAGACGUGCCCGAUCGACACGUUGAAGCUCGGGGCGUGUGUGGACGUGCUGGGCGGGCUGGUGCACAUCGGGAUCGGGAGCAGCGCCAAGGACACGUGCUGCCCCGUGCUGCAGGGGCUGCUCGACCUGGACGCGGCGCUGUGCCUCUGCACCACCAUCAAGGCCAAGCUCCUCAACAUCAGCAUCGUCAUCCCCAUCGCCCUCCAAGUGCUCGUCGACUGCGGCAAAACGCCUCCUGCUGGAUUCCAAUGCCCCGCCUAACCAAAAAGGCGAACGCUUCCAAGCGUAUACACGUACCCCUCGAACUAAGCAUCGACUGCUUCGAAGGACAAUAACCCACAAGAGAGCUUCGCGAGAAGAAGAAGCAGCGUAGCUCGUUUUUGUGUCUGAUGUUUUAUUUUUUUUCGUUUGUUUUUUGGGUUUAUGUCCAUCGUAUAUCGAAUCGAUAUACGGUGGGAGAAACUGUGGACUACAUCUCGUAUUCGUAGAGCUGUACCGUACUUGCUUUUCCCCGUCAAAGAUUCUCGCUCACACGUGUACCGACACCAACCUCAUCAAAUCUCUUCCUUUGAUAA